CUUUCCAGCUGUGAUCUCCUCGAACCAUUCGCACAUUUUAUUGUAAGAUUAUAUAUUUAUAUUAACUCAAUAAAAUUAAUAACGAAAAUGUCAGAAAAUGAAAUUAAUGGCACCGAAGAGGAUGUUCAAGAUAAAAAGCAAAAAAAACUAACACGACACGAUGGCGGUGCAGCCGACCUGGAACGUGUGACGGAUUAUGCGGAGGAAAAAGAAAUCUCUGCAGCGCACAUAUCCAGCGCGGUGGAGCAAAUUGGCAACAAGCGCAGCAAAGAAGAUGAACGCAAGGUGGCUAAAGAGAUAGAGCUGCAGAAGGUGAAUGUUAAAAAAGAGGAUAUUGAACUGAUUAUGAAUGAAAUGUUAAUUACGCGCACUCAGGCAGAGAAAGUGCUUCGGGAACAAAGCGGCGAUGUAGUUGCCGCGCUGGAAGCAAUUAUUGCCAAUUAAAUCUAUGGUAAUCGCUACAUGAACCGCUUUAUAAAAUUGGAAUUUUCGGUAGCUUUAAUCCAUGUUUUGUAAAAAUAAAUUAAAUAAUUGAAUACGCCAAGUUAAAAAUUCCUAAA